AAAGCCACUCGCUGACUCAUCUCCAUCCACAACAUCACAUACUCGCUCCAACAGUCCCACCCACGCUACCUAGACAGUAGACACGUGUACCAUGGUGUUCUUCAAGGCGCGUCGCAUGGAUCCUGAGUUGGUGUUGCCGGCGCGGCCGACGCCGGCCGAGACGAAAGCGCUCUCCGACCUCGACGACCAGCGGACGCUGAGGUACUACGAGACGGUGAUCGCCUUCUUCCGCAGCCGGCGUGGCUACAGCAGCCACAGACGACGGCCAGACGAUCCAGCCAAGGCCAUCAAGGCGGCCCUCGCGGAGGCGCUCGUGUACUACUACCCCAUCGCCGGGCGGCUCAGGGAGGCCGCCGGUGGGAAGCUGGUGGUGGACUGCACCGCGCAGGGGGUGGUGUUUGUGGAGGCCGAUGCGGAUGUGCGGCUGGAGGAGCUGGGCAGGCCUCUGUUGCCGCCGUACCCGUGUGUGGAGGAACUGCUGUGCGAUGCGGGUGAAACAAGAGCGGUGAUUGGCAAGCCAUUAGUCCUCAUGCAGGUGACGAGGCUCAAAUGUGGCGGAUUUGUCAUUGGAUUCCACAUGUGCCAUAGCAUUGCAGAUGGAUUCGGCAUGGUUCAAUUCUUCAGAUGUGUCGCCGAACUAGCUCGCGGUGAAAAAGUGCCCACACUUUUGCCCGUGUGGAGAAGAGAGCUCCUAACACGACACAGGUCAAAUACUACUGCAUAUAAUCACACAGCCACGGUUAGGUCCGAGUCCGACUCCGACGACUACAAAUCUGACGACGUCAUGCUGUCAACUCCAAUGGACGACAUGGUAGUCCAGUACUUCCUCUUCGGGCCAAGGGAGAUCGCAACCCUACGAAGCCACCUGAGGGGAGACGACCAGCUGCUGCUCGCCACCUCCGCUACAUCCUUCGAGCUGCUAGCGGCCGUCAUGUGGCGGUGCCGCACCUUGGCGCUGGGCUACGAGUCCCAUCGGCGCGUUCGCCUCAUGGUUACCAUGAACGCGCGCGGGAAGUGGAACCAGCACACGCCCAUCCCGCGGGGUUACUACGGCAACGCGCACGUGUCCCCCAUGGCGGAGGCCACCGCCGGCGAGCUCUGCAGCCAGCCGCUCGCCCGCACGGUCGAUCUCGUGCGCAGGACCAAGCUCAGCGUCACCAAGGAACGCAUGGAGUCGAUGGUGGACACGAUCGCUUCGACGCGCCAGUGGCCGCCUCCGACGAUGGACAGGAUCUACGAGGUUUCUGACACCAAGUGGAUUGCCACCAAUGCGACGCAGUUUGGGUGGGCCGAGCUGGUGGGUGGUGGGAUACCACUGGCUGGCGACCUUGCCUCCAAGCUGGGAAGCGACCACAUGAGCUGCAGGAACCAGGAUGGCGACCACUCGACCAUCGUGUCGAUGCUUCUGCCCAAGCCGGCGAUGGACAAGUUUAGCAGUGAGCUGUCUGUUUGGUUGAACAACAAGCAUGAUCACAAGAACUUGGUUAUACUCAGUUCUCUCUAGUCUACCAACAGAUUUAAACAAUAUUAAUGUACCUACAAUUUGUUGUACGAAAGAGAAAUGAUUGGCUCAAUGAGAAUGAAAUAAUUUCGGUGUUCUUCUACA